AAAAGAUUGAUUGGAUUUGAUCAGCCAUGGAAGACAAGUAAAUGUGCCCGUGUAGAGGUUACCAUAGCACUAACGGCCAUGUGAGCAGAUGAAGGAGGUUUAUCCGAUGUGAACAGUUUGAUGUCUAGAGGGGGCUUCAGCCUGUUAGCUGUGAAUGUUGAUGUGACAGAAAAGGGGAGAGUCGCAGCCUUUCUACCAACACGGUGGAACAGCUCUGCACGUUUCUGCUCUCCCCUGUGCACUGCGAGGAGGUUUUAGGGCCAUAAUAAAAGAAGGAUAAAGACAUUAAACGACACAGUCACAUAAAAUUUGACAGUGGUGGCAAACUAAACAGGAGGAGAUGAAGUGUAUGAGGUUUUCUGACAUCGCAGCUAAGGAGUGAAGAAAGUGUGUGUCAGUUGUGUACACACUGUGUAUGCAAAUUUUCAAUAUCCUGUUUGCAGCUUCUUCGAAAUGCUGCUGACACAAGAUCAUCUGAUGGGUGGAAGAUAAAGGGACGCAGUGUGCGCUGGCUGAUUAGAGAGAGGAUACAGUGCGGCCCAUCCGUUAUUCAUGAAGUUUGAAGCGGCAGCCACAAGUAUCCAUCAAUCUCUUUGUGCCACUGGGUGCGCACGGCGCCCUGUCUGUUGCCGCUGCUGCUGCUGGAGGAGGAGGAGGAAGAGGAGGAUGAAGAGGAGAGGUUCUGUGCUCACACCCAUAUUCAACAGGCGCUGGAGGAUUGUUGCUGCAUAUAUAGUUUCGUUGCGUUUUUUGUUAGUAUAUCUGUACACUGAAAAAGUGCGGAGCGGUUGGAGACAACGCUGUAGGGAUUCGUAGGGAUGGUGGUGUGUUUAAGUUGCGCGCUAUGGCGCAUGUACGCAAAUCCUGUCCUGCCCUUCUAGCUUUGCGCCUCAGAAGGUAAAUCAGACUUGUGAAAGAACUCAAGCACUGACUGCGUGCGGGGGAAAGGAGAAGAGGAUGGCACCUCCACUUAACGGAUCCAACAUAACUACGAACUACACCAACCAGUUUGUGCAGCCCCCGUGGCGCGUGGCUUUGUGGUCCGUAGCCUACAGCUUUGUGCUGGCGGUGGCGGUUUUUGGAAACCUGAUCGUGAUAUGGAUCAUUCUUGCCCACAAGCGCAUGAGGACUGUGACGAACUACUUUCUGCUUAACUUGGCGUUUUCGGACGCGUCAAUGGCCGCGUUUAAUACUUUGAUAAACUUUAUCUACGCUGCCCACGGAGAGUGGUACUUCGGGGAAGCGUACUGCAAAUUCCACAACUUCUUCCCGGUCACAUCCGUGUUUGCAAGCAUCUACUCCAUGACUGCGAUAGCUGUGGACAGGUACAUGGCCAUCAUCCAUCCCCUGAAGCCCCGUCUGUCAGCAAAGGCCACCACGGGAGUCAUCGUCUGUAUCUGGAGUCUGGCUGUGGUCCUUGCCUUCCCGCUUUGCUACUUCUCCACCACCCGAGCCCUGCCCCGCAGGACCCUCUGCUAUGUGGCCUGGCCCCGCAUGGCCGAUGACCCGUUCAUGUAUCAUAUCAUAGUGACAGUUCUGGUCUACGUGCUGCCUUUAGUGGUGAUGGGCAUCACUUACACCAUUGUGGGAGUAACUCUGUGGGGCGGGGAGAUCCCAGGAGACUCAUCUGAUAACUAUCACGGACAGCUCAGGGCUAAAAGGAAGGUGGUGAAGAUGAUGAUUAUUGUAGUGGUGACCUUUGCCCUCUGCUGGCUGCCCUAUCAUGUCUACUUCAUCGUGACAGGUCUCAACAAGAGACUCAGCAAGUGGAAGUACAUCCAGCAGGUCUACCUGUCAGUGCUGUGGCUGGCAAUGAGCUCCACCAUGUACAACCCCAUCAUCUACUGCUGCCUCAACAGCAGGUUUCGGGCUGGCUUCAAGAGAGCGUUUCGUUGGUGCCCAUUCAUCAAGGUGUCCAGCUACGACGAGCUGGAACUGCGCUCCACGAGGCUGCACCCAACACGGCAGAGCAGCAUGUACACACUGUCACGAAUGGAUACCACCAUGGUGGUGGUGUACGACCCCGCCGAGGGUGAUGGUGCCGGCGGUGGCUCUGGCAGAAAGCACUCCCUGUCCUCUAGGAAGAGAAGCUACAUGACGUCCCGACACUCGGAGAUCACCGGAUGCAACGGUGGCAGUAAGAAAGCACAGAAUGGAGGGGCCCCCAAUGCUCAGCCAGAGGAGUUCUCUUGAAGUGUGUUUCACAGACUGACGCACAGACAUGUGACAUGUAGGAAAUGUAUUCACGUGCAUGAUACACUGUACAUAGAAAUGGUGCAUAGAUGUUUGGUUAUUGUCGAUAUAGAAACACCGUGUCAAGGUGGAAGAGGUUAAUGGGCAGAGAAUGAUUGUGUGGAUAUAUAGAGAUUAUUUAAUAUUUCACCUUGAUGGAUAAUAUUGAUUCUUUUAAAUACUCUGUAGCAUGGAUGGAUUACUGAGAGAGAUUACUGGGCACAGGUCUGGGGCUCAAGGCGUCAGCUUAAAGUGAAUGUUAUUAGCAAUUCUCUUUAAAAAGUCAUCACUCAUUCAUAAGAAGGGGUGUCCCAUUUAUGUGUUUUUGUUUCUCUUGAUUCUUUAAUCAGCCACUACAGGGUGUGAUCCAAUUUAAUUUUUAUUAUGUAUUUUUACCCUCAUAAUAAUUGUAAAUAACAUCACAAUGGUUUACUUUAAAAAAAUAUGGCAUGUAUCCUGGUUUUCAGUGAGAGAAAGAUUUUGUGUAUCAUCUUAAAGUAUUUUGUGUAAUGUCUCAAAAUCAACAGCAGAGGAAAUUAUCUUAUGUUGCAAACUGCAGCUCUGCUUUAGCAAAGAUUCACACGGCUUCUCGUCUCUCUCCCAGCAUACAGAAAAAAUGAAUUGAAGGAUUUGUUCUCAACCAACAGCAUAACUGUAGAGGUAAGGCAAACUUGCAAAACAACCCAGAAAAAAGAUGCAACACAGACUCUAGUGAGGGGGGGGGGGGGGGGGU